AUGAGGCGUCGCUGCCUUUGGAUUAUCCAGGCAAUUGUCCUGCUGGGCCUUCUCUCUGCAUUUUACUAUACACAAAUACAGUCCCAGGCGCUUUCACAGCAAGAUUCUGUCCCGACUGACCCUCUCGAGGUCGCCAUUCCGCAGACAGUCCACCAACUCUUCAUCUCAACACCGGGAACCCGCGGAUCCAGCUUCUAUCUGGAUAGACACAGCACCUCGUGGCUCCAAUCAGGAUGGAAGGUCGAGUACUGGAGGGAGUCGUCGUGUCUCGAACUUGCACACGAGCUCGAUGAUACUGGGUCAUACGCCGCCACAUUUCAGGCCCUACCCGUCCCGAUUCUGAAAUCUGACUUUUGUCGCUACCUGAUUUUAUUCGGGCGGGGUGGGAUCUACAAUGACCUCGAUGUCCACCUCCUCCAGCCGUUGCCGUGGCCAGUAAUGGGCCCAGUCAAGGAUGGGGAUGAAGAACCCCCGGCUGUUAUUGUCGGUCUGGAAGGCGAUGCCGCCACAACUGGCCUGCCCCGAUCUCCGCAAUUUGUUCAGUGGACCAUGGCAUCUGUUCCCGGUCAUCCCAUCUUUCGUGACGUGUUACAGUCCAUUGUAGACCGCACAGUUCACUAUGUCUCGACUCAGACUGCAGAAGCUGAGGCGGACAUCGACGUGAUGAGCUGGACUGGUCCCAGUGUGUGGACAGAUGCGGUACUGGGCUAUCUACACUCCGAUGAUGAGCAGAUUCAACAACUCCGCGAUCUUCACGAGAUCGUGCGCAUGCGUGACGUGGUCAUCCUUCCGCGCCGAUCUUUUGCGGUGCUCCAGGGUGAAGACCAGUCUGCACCAGACGUUCUGGUCAAGCAUUAUUUCUCGGGAAGUUGGAAGGCGUGUGCUCGAGAAUGGCUCCGCUGGCUGUGGCCGGGAGGUUGUUGACUGCUGCAGGUCGAAAGAACCGCUGGAAGUAUUAAUUUGAUUGGUUUGGGAGUACUUCAAUUACAUUCGUAUUUUAUACAAUCGUCUCGCUCGUCAUAACAGAUGGUGGCCGAACAUAUUCGGAGUGGGAAGCCGUAGUGGGUUCGCUUUCUCCAGAUAUUCGGGACAAGAGAAGAUGGCCUUUAUAUUCCUUCCCCGUAACGAAAUCAACCAAUCAGAACAUCUGAUCGGACACAUCCAGCCCUCGAUCAAGUUCGUCCGCCUCUUUGCGCAAGACCUCCGCCCGGAACUUUCGAAAUGCCGUCUCGAUUCUCUGUCUUCGAUCGGGAUCCGCCGUGAUGCAGCGACUUCCACUUCCUGCUCCUCCCAAGAAGCCUACAAGAGAGUGAUACUUAGCAGAUGCCUACUAAAAC